GGGCGAACGGGUCUGAUGUCGACUGGAGACGCGACGAAGGGUGCACGAACUGCAUGUGGAAGGUAGGAUUCGUGAGUUUUGGCAUGGCCAACUCCGAGUGUUUCAGCUGCCAGUGUCUUGUAAUGUUAAGAGCUGUUUUUAGACCCUUCUGGUUCCAACAGACUGGAAACCAUAAUCUUCCACAGAUGUGUUGAAGGCAAUCUGAUGAAAGGCUUGCUGGCUGUCCGGAAGCAUCGUUUCGGCAAAGAGACUUUUGCAGACACGUGCCUCGUGCACCCUGCUGUUUUACGUUUUGUGGGAUGAAGACCAGGAAGGAAGAGCUGGAAUGAGAUGUUCUGGGAACGCAACCUGAUUUGAUCUUCUUGUCUCCGGAGUUGCAACACUGCUUGACGGACAUCGAGAUCCACCAAGACCUGUUUGCUGAUCAUGCAGUACUGAUAGGUCAUUUUACUGGGUUGCGGAGUCAGAUUCCGAGGUCCUUCUGGAGAAUGCCACAGCGCCCAUAUUGGCAACAUGAGCUGGGGAGUACACCUUUUCGGGGUGAGGUUCCAGCGGAGGUCGAUAAGACUUGUCCUACCAAUUGGUAUGCAGGCAUCUUUGCACAUUUCGAAGCAGAGUUGGCCAACCAAACAGAAAUGGCCCACCAGGGUCCUCUUCAGUCAGUUCACUGUGGGCGAGCUCAUACUAUGAACGUACAGACCCGCUCAGUGCAAAUCCCUCCACUGCGGAAGAGCUGGAAGGGUGAGGAAUCACCUGACUACUUUGGCCCCUCCAAGUUGCAUGCUCAGUGGUUUCGACAGCUCCGAAGAUUGCAAACCUACUACCGUCUCAUUGACAGAGAUGCGAUGACUUCUGCACAAUAUCACCAACAGCGGGAUCUGUGGGGAGCCAUUCGGAAUGCAGCUAGAUUUGGACAUGGGUUUGCACACUGGUGGUCGUUACAUGGCCAGAGUGAGGAUGGGGUGAUUUCCGCCCUCCCUUUGAGCCCUCCUUCGUAUGAGCUUGCAUACAUGAUGUUUGACCAUUUCCGUGGAAAAGUUCGAGCCCUGGAGAAUCAGUUGAAAUGGUCUCGGAUUCGACAUGCGCAACACAGACGGGUGGAGGACCCGAGCAUCAUCUUUCGUGACCUGCGAGCCGAACAUGCAAGUUCUGUGGAGGUUUUGAUUGACUCAGUUCAAGGCGAAGUUGAAGAGGUUGACCCCACUGACUCGGCGGUCACAUUACGCCAGGAUACACACUUUCGGUCAGAAUCUCCGAUUGUCCUGGCUGGGAGACCACGAAAAGUCAUCCAUGCGACUCCAGACAAACUUUGGCUUGAAGAUGUUUCUGGUAUCUCCCCAGGGAAUGUUGCCCGACAAGAAAGUGCGACAGGAGACUUGCCUUCCCUCUUCAGAGCUUUUGGUUCGGAAUGGGAGCGGUGGUGGCAUCGACAUGCUGAUACCAUUCCAGGCCGAUGGCAACAAGUUCAAGACGAGCUGGUGCCUUUGCUGCCCUUCGCCGACAUGACGCUGGAUCCAAUUACUCUGGCGCAAUGGCGAAAAGCUGUCCAAAUGAAGAAAAAACGGUCGGCUACUGGGCCAGAUGGGAUUAGCAGAUUGGACUUAUUGCAACUGCCUGAUGGAUUGACCCAGGAGCUGAUUGAUAUUUGCCAUUUUGCUGAACGGUGUGGCAGGUGGCCCACCCAGGCGUUGGUUGGAAUCAUCACAGCUUUGGCUAAAGUCCCGGGAGCUUCUCGGGUCCAGCAGUUUCGACCUAUUACGGUCCUUUCGAUGGUCUACAGAGUUUGGAGCACUAUCCGGGCACGACAAGCUUUGAGUCACUUGGGACGUCUAGCAGGACCUCAGGUGGUGGGCAACUUGCCAGGGAAGACUGCGGGACAAGUCGGGUUUUCAUUGCAACGUCGUUUGGAGCAGGCGCAGAUCUAUGAUCGCCCGCUGGUCGGAAUGGUGGCCGAUUUGGUCAAAGCAUUCAAUGUCUUGCCUCGAAUACCUACCUGGAUGUUGUGCAAUGCAAUGGGUUUGGCUGUCGGCUUGAUUCGUGCUUGGGCUGGUGCGGUGAUUCCGUUGCGUCGUCAUUUUCGAGUCCGAGGGUCGGUAGGUCCAGCAGUGAUAGGCUGUAAUGGGUUUCCAGAAGGUGAUCCUUUGUCCUGUGUGGCCAUGGCCGCCAUUGCCAUUGGAUUUGAUUGUUGGAUGCAAGUGCACGUCCCAGAGUGUGUCCCAACUUCAUAUGUGGAUAAUUGGGAGUUGACUGCACCUUCGCCGGGGGUGUUGGGUCGUGCGCUCAAUCAGUUUCGGGGCUUUGCCGACCUAUUAGCACUGGAAGUUGAUUGGCAGAAAACGUACACUUGGGCAACCCAUGGCCACCAUCGUACUCAGUUGAAGCAAUUUGAUCUGCCUAUCCAGUUAUGGGCUAAAGACUUGGGUGGGUGUGUGUUCUACGGUCGAAGACAUACCACAGGUCUACAGGCAGCUCGCUUCGAGAGCAUGACACCAUUGUGGGGCCGUUUGAGGAUUUCCUGUGCACCUUUGACCCAGAAGUUGCGCGCCCUUCGAACAGCAGCAUGGCCCCGAGCGCUUCACGCGUGUGCUUCGGUGAGGAUUACAGAGCAACAAUAUGCCUCCUUACGCGCCGGGGCUGUCCGUGGUCUUCAGCUGGAUAAACCGGGCACCAAUGCUAUGUUCCUCUUGGGGUUGCAUUUACAUCCUAUUCAUGACCCUGAAUUCUUUGCAUUUUGGCAUACAUUGCUGGAUUUUCGGAGGCUUCAAAAUGAACUUGAAGUACAGAUUGAUUUGCAAUGGAUUUGGGGUGAGCUUCAAGGGAAAUUUCCACCGGGGCCCUUGUGGGUAUUUUUCCAUGGAUGUUUGCGCAUUCACUGGAGCUGGAAUGGGGAAUUGGGGCUGCUCGAGGACCGUAUUGGUUUCUUCAGCAUCUGGCGAAUUUCGUUGAAAGAGCUAGAGUUCCGUGCGGUAUAUGCAUGGCAACGAAUGAUCGGCACCAUUGGCCAGCAACGACGUGGUUUUGCUGGGCUUGCCACCGCAGGCGCUCACCUGUCCCAAGGAACCCAUUUACAGUUGACAGACCUUCAGCGUGGCCUCCUGCGUACUGCACAUGUUGGUACGUUUUUUACCCAAGAUGGCCUGAAGUACUCCACCCCGGAUGGCAGUGAGGUGUGUGUCCAUUGUGGUGCUCCUGAUAGCAUUGACCAUCGUAUUUGGCGGUGCCCCACAUUCCAAAGUGUGCGAGAGAAUCUCUCGGAUUGUCGGCCACCAGCGUGUGAUUCGUUGCCGGACUGUACUCGGCUACAUGGGUGGAUCCAAACUCCUGCGGAGUAUCUUCCAUUCCUGCAACGCCUUCACAACUUGCCGGACCUGUCCCACCAGCUGGAUUCACCUGCACCUGGAGUGACACUGGAUUUGUUUACAGAUGGGAGUUGUAUGUUCCCGCAAAUCCCUAAGCUUCGUGUAGCGGCAUGGGCUGUCGUUCAAGGACACAGUGGAGAGCGUGGCACACGAGUGGAAUGUUUGGCCGGGGGACCGCUUCAUGGACUUUGGCAAACCAGUGGCAGAGCUGAGAUCGUCGCAGUGCUGGCGGCCGUGAGGCUUGGAGUCCGAUCGGGGAGGCGGACAAGAAUUUGGUCUGACUGUGCGAAUGUAGUCAACAGACUUCGCCUCCUUCUUGAUGAUCCUCAAGGUGCCAGGCCCAAUGCCCAUGAUGCAGAUCUGUGGGAUCUUUUGGCAAUCGAGUUGAGACGGGAGCAUCAUAUCACGGUCCACAAGGUUGCUGCCCACGUAGAUGAACGAGUCUACGGCCCAGUUGAAGAGUGGGCGAGGCGGUUCAAUGACAUGGCGGACCAGUACGCCAAGAGCUUCAAUCUGCAGCGAACAGACGAGUUUUGGCAGUCCUGGAACUUGUUGAGAGAUCAGAUGCAACAGGCAGAGGCCGUCGGCCAGUAUGUCCUCCAACUUCAUUGCCUUAUCGGUGAAGAGGCGAUUCGUUUACGCAAGGGCUCCCCUACCCAGCAGGUCGGUACCUCCUCGGAGGCUAGAAUCUCUUUGGAGCAAUGUGUGCGGGUCCCCAGUGGACCACUCCUUUCUGACGAUUUGAAAGGCUUGUUGGGCAGGGAGCAAGUGCGCCGUCUUUGGGCCUGGCUUCAAGAAGUGAGAAAUGGGCAUGUUUGGGGAAGUUGGGUCUCGAUGGCUCAGCUCUACGUGGAUUAUCAGCUGACUUUCGGCAAGGUGGGACCUCAUUUCCAUUCUGACCGUCGGCAGUGGAGUGACCCCAACGAGCCCGGGUUGGCAAGGUUGAAGGGAUAUGAAUUUCCCCAACAGUUGAAGUGGUUUGGGAGGGCUUUGAGGCUGUUGUUGCAGAGCCACGCUGCUCAGCAAAAUGGACAUCAGAUUUUCAGAUUGCAGCGCCCUAGUUCAGCAGUGUUGUCGCAUUGGAGCCAAUGUAUUCACAUUGCUUGGUCCCCUGCUCGACGAGACGCUGUUGAUAUGUGGUUCCAACAACAUUUGCCCGGCGGCUCCACACGCCGCCGGGCGCAUGGGCUGGCAUGCUUACCUGCAGCAGGGAGCGACCCUGCAUUUGCGGUGCGGCUGGUGGAAGACCCUCAGAGGUCUUUGUCUCAAUGGUGGCGGUCACCCUGACCGAACUAGGAUUUGACUGUUCGGGCCGCAAAACGCCGCCCGUCCAGACCGCAGUGAAAGAGUGAAA